AUGAAGUUGAGUGUGUUCUCUCUCCGUUUGUUGCUCGUGGCACUGACGCGAGUUAACUGCCAAACACUUGAGAUCAAGGUCGAUUUCCCCUCGACGGACGCGCAGUACAAAAAAAUAGACGUCAACGAUAGCGGAAGAUUGGACUCUGGAGACGGAGAGGAGAACUAUACUCAUAGUCAUAGUGCAAGUCCGCCAUUCUUGUUCUUCUGCGUUUGGUGCUCAAACGAUGUUCCUUUGUUCGGCAAGGAAGCCGUCAUCGAUGUGACGACUGGUGCGAAGUGGUGGGUCUUGGAACGCUCAGUCUUAUCCACCCAUAUCGGCACGACUGUCACUCCUCUCGAAGGGUACCCACCACGCGUCACUCGAUAGUGGACGGCAGUCAAUGUAUGAAGUACCGUCCGAGCGAGAUUAUGGCUGAGGAUGGUAAGGGAAGCGGCGGAAUCUAAGAUCUUCCUCUGCCGCCGUCAGUUCUCACUCUCGCCCUCCGCCUCUCACCUACGCCAAUCAUAACGACCUCUCAACGCCACACGAAAGACUCUCUCUUCUC